CAACAAUGCGCGUCAUUCGCAGCUCUGGAGGUGUCUAUUUUCUGUCUCUUCUACCGUGUUAUAGCCUCCUCCGUCGCAGCUCCAUGGCCCUCAAGUCUCCGCAUUGAUCCACCAGAUUGUUGGGGGAAGCUGUUCUGUUCCUCUGGAUAUCGAUGCUGCACAUCCCCUCUCCACCACCGCGCCAGCUCAACACAGCGAGGAAGCUGGGUAUCAAUCUCCGCCCGGGAGAGCUAACACCGUAAUCGCAAACCUAUUACCACAUCUCGCGCCCGGCGCGGCGCGCAAACACACACACAAUAAUAAUAGCCGUCCGCCACGAUGCUGUCCGCAUUCACGGCUCGGCCCAUCAUCGAACUCAAGCAGCGGGACAAGUCCAAGAUUGAGUCCAUCUUGGCUUAUGGCGACCGCGUGCUCGUCGGCCUCAACACCGGCUCCCUUCGAAUCUACCGAGUAAACGACAUCCCACCACCAUCCGAUCCCCCAAACCCCCCCUCCCAAACCUCCACCAGCCAACCCUCCCACGAUGAACCACCACCACCACCACCACCACCACCACCACCCCAAAAACCAACCGACCUCCUCCGCGAGGUAGAAAAGUUCUCCCCCCGCGCCAUCGAGCAGCUGGCCAUCAUCAAAGGAGCCAACACGCUAGUCUCCCUCUCAAACUACACCGUCUCCCUCCAUGACCUCCAAACCUUCUCCCCCAUCGAAGCUCCCCUCUCCAAAACAAAAAACGCCUCCACCUUCGCCGUAACAAGCAACGUAGUCCAGGACCCGUCAACAGGCGUCCCAGAGAUCAUCUCCAGGCUCGCCGUGGCUGUAAAACGCCGGUUGUUGCUCUGGUCAUGGCAGGAGAGCGAGCUAUCCCCCGAUGUGACCGAGAUACUACUCUCGGAAUCAAUCCGGUCACUAACCUGGGCAAACGCCACCAAGAUCGUCUGCGGCAUGAACGGCGGGUUUGUCAUUGUAGAUGUGGAGACGGGAAGUAUAGAGGAUAUCGUCGGGCCAGGGGCGAUCGGGACGACGGGAGGGGGGGGUGGGAUGGGACGUUUCGGGUCGGUGAGCGCUACUGGGAUGUCGUAUAUGGGAUUGGGGAGUUACAUCCCUAAGCCGCUGUCUACCAAGCUCGCGGAGGGCGGGUUGUUGCUGGCAAAGGAUAUCAAUACUUUAUUCAUUGACGAUUCCGGGAGGGCGCUGGAGAAGCAUCAGAUCCCGUGGCAGUCUGCGCCCGAGUCGAUCGGGUACAGCUAUCCAUACAUUCUGGCUCUGCAGCCGCCGGUGAAGGGGACGCUGGAGGUGCGCAACCCUGACACGCUGAGUCUACUGCAGACGAUCAGUCUCCCUGGUGCGGCGGCUCUGCACUUCCCCCCACCGACGGUUAGUGUCCAGCACACAGGCAAGGGAUUUCACGUCCUGAGCGAUAGGGCAGUGUGGAAAAUGGAAGCGACGGAUUACGACUCACAGAUUGACGAGCUGGUCAAGAACGGGAGGCUGGACGAAGCGAUCAGUGUGCUCGGCAUGCUAGAGGACGCCUUGUUGAAGAAUAAGACUGAGACUAUGAGGGAGGUCAAGAUGCUAAAGGCGGAGGUGCUGUUUAAGCAAAAGAAAUACAGGGAGUCGAUGGACCUGUUCAGUGAAGACGAGGUGGAUGCCCCGCCGGAAAGAGUCUUGAAGUUGUUUCCCAGGAUUAUUGCGGGGGAUUUGUCGGGUGUGGAGGAGCAGGAGGAGCAGGAGGAGCAGGAGCAGGAGGAGGAGGAGGAGGAGGAGGAGGAGAAGAAGAAGAAGAAGAAGGAUGAUUCUGAUCAUGAGGGGAGUACAGUUGGGAAGCACUCGGAGCCGCAGGUUGUCGCCUCUCCUCCCAAGGCUGGCGGGGGGGGAGGAGGGGGGUUUGCAAAGUAUCUGAUGGGACAUCGGAAGCAACAGCUUAAUCCUGAGACUGCUUCUGUCGCCUCUUCGCGGCGGACAACACAGGAUGAUGACGCGGCUAGUGUUAGGGGGCGAUCAAGCGAGGACCAUCACUCACAGGAGGAGAAGGAAAAGGAUUUGAAGAAUGCGGUUCUGGAACUGAAUUCUUAUCUUGCUGGUGCCAGGGCGAGGUUGCAGAGGGUGAUUGAUCCUGCUACGGGGAAACUGAAGCCGAGGAGGGCCCGGUCGGAGACGCUCUCUGCCUCCCAGACGGCUGCUCAGGAGGAUCUGACGCUUUCUUCGCGGCAGGUGGAUGAGUCGGAGUUGCAGCUCGCGGCGGAGCUGCAGCACACGUUCAAGAUUGUGGACACGACGCUGUUUAGGGCGUUCAUGUACUCGCGUCCGCAGCUGGCGAGCUCGCUGUUUCGGAUACCGAAUUUUUGCGAUCCGGAUGUGGUGAAUGAGAGGUUGGUGGAGCAUAAUCGAUUCAAUGAGCUGGUUGACUUUUUCUAUGGCAAGAAACUUCAUCGGGAGGCGUUGAAUCUCUUGAGGAAGUUUGGGAGCUGUCCGGAGCCGGAUGAGGCGGCGCCGGGCUUGCAUGGGCCGCAGAGGACAGUGGGGUAUCUGCAGGGGUUGCCGCCGGAGAUGAUUGAUGUUAUCUUGGAGUUUUCCGAGUGGACGCUGAGGAAGGACCCGGGGUUGGGGAUGGAGGUUUUUUUGGCGGAUACGGAGAAUGCGGAGACGUUGCCGCGGGAGAGGGUGGUGGAGUUUUUGAGGGGGGUUGAUGUGGCGUUGGAGACGAGGUAUUUGGAGCAUGUCGUUGGGGAGCUGGGGGAUGGGACGCCCGAGUUUCAUAAUCGGUUGGUGGAACUGUUUGUGGUGCAGCUGAAGGAGGGGAAGAAGAAGGAUGGGGAGUGGGAGGGGUUGAUGGGGAGGUUGGUGAGGUUUUUGAGGGAGAGCAGGCAGUAUAGCUUGGGAAGGGCGUUGAGCUGGAUUCCGAAGGAGGAUCCCUCCUUUUAUGAGGCUCAUGCGGUGGUUCUCAGCAACAUGGGACAGCACAGGCAGGCGCUGGUGAUAUAUGUCUUCAAGAUGAAGGACUAUGCCAAGGCAGAGGAAUACUGCAACCACAUCCACAAGACACAAGACCUCCCCCCCUCUUCGUCUCCUGACCAAAACGACACCGACAACGCCGACCAGCCCUCCAUCUACCACACCCUCUUGUCACUCUACCUCCGCCCACCUAGACCUCACGAGCCCAACCUUGGACCUGCGCUGGAUCUCCUCUCAAAACAUGGCUCCCGUCUGCCAGCUACUUCGACCUUAUCGCUUGUGCCAGAUGAUCUGCCUGUCGCGCAACUGGAAUCGUAUUUCCGCGGCAGGAUGAGGAGCGCGAAUUCAAUGGUCAACGAGACGAGGGUGGUGGCUGGGCUGAGGAGGACAAGCCACUUGGCGGCCCAGGCAUUGUUGUACCUGGGAGAUGGGAUACCGGGGGGUCAGGCGGGGAGGAACAGGAGGGUGGUUGUUGGGGAGGAGAGGAUGUGUGGGGGGUGUCAUAAAAGGUUGGGGAGGAGUGUGGUGGCGGUUUUGCCGGACAAUAGGGUGGCCGAUGAGUCCGGGGAGUGUCAGGUCGGGGGAGGGGGGGGGGUUGAAGAAUUGGGGGAGGGUUUGAACUGUAGUUUUAUUAGAGAAGGUAGUUGUAGAAAGUUGAGUGGGGAGGGGAGGGGGGGCACACCAUUAUUCACCCCUCUGUUCGUUUAA